AUGAUGCAUUUUCUAUCCAUUCUUUUUACCAUCUUAAUAGUGGUUGAAUUUGUUUUUGGAAAUUUGGUCAAUGGCUUCAUAGCACUGAUAAAUUUCAUUGAUUGGGUCAAGAGACGAAAGAUCACCACAGCUGAUCAAAUUCUCACUGCUUUGUCAGUCUCCAGAGUUGGUUUGCUUUGGAUAAUAUUAUUAGAUUGGUCUUCAUCUGUGUUUAACCCAGACGUGUAUAAUGUAGAAAGAAGAAUUGUUGCUUAUAAUGCUUGGGCAAUAAUCAACCACUUCAGCCUCUGGCUUGCUACUAGCCUCAGCCUAUUUUAUUUGUUUAAGAUUGCCAAUUUCUCCAACCUUAUUUUUCUUCACCUAAAGAGGAGAGUUAAGAGUGUAGUCCCAGUGAUACUGUUGCGGACUUGGGUAUUUUUGGUUUGUCAUCUAGUGGUGGUAAACGUGGAUGAGAGUAUGCGGACUAAGGAAUAUGAAGGAAAUGUUACUUGGAAGAUUAAACUGAGCAAAACUUUGCACUUUUCGACUAUGACUGUAACCACGCUAGCUAACUUCAUACCGUUUACUGUGUCUCUGAUAUGCUUUCUCUUGUUAAUCUGUUCUCUGUGCAAACAUCUCAAGAAGAUGCAGCUCCAUGGUAAAGGAUCUCAAGAUUCCAGCACCAAGGUCCAUAUAAAAGCUCUGCAGACUGUGAUCUCCUUCCUCUUGCUACUUAUCAUUUAUUUUUUGUCCCUAACUAUAUCGACCUGGAAUUCUACUAAACAGCGAAACACACCUAUCUUCAUCUUUUGGAAAGCUAUUGCAAUCAGCUAUCCUACAAUCCAUCCAGUGAUUCUGAUUUGGGGAAACAAGAAGCUAAAACAGAUUUUUCUUUCAGUUUUGUGGCAGGUGAGGUGUGGAGUAAAAUGA